AUGUCAACCAAAGGUCCAGCUAUUACGCCAAAGCCUAACAUAGCUCCUUCACCUCCAGCUUUAGGUUCAGCAACGUCUCCUCCAUCUCAGGGGCGAAGCUCUAAUAAUGGCGUUAGCGGUGGGGGAUCAGAUGUGCUUAAUGGUAUCGCCAAAAGCACUGGAGCUGUCAAACAAAUAAUAACUUCAAAAGAGUGGGUAUUGCCACCAAGACCAAAGCCUGGCCGGAAGCCAAGUGUUGAUACUCCUGCCUCUAAACGCAAGGCACAGAAUCGAGCUGCUCAAAGAGCCUUUAGAGAAAGAAGAGCAACAAGGGUUCAGGAGUUGGAAGAGAAAUUGAUGGAAGUGGAAAAAGAAAAAGAGGUUAAGGAAAUGGGUCUAGUAAACACCAUUAGUAGAUUAAAGUCUGAUAAUCAAUUUUUAUUAAAAUCACUAGAGCAAAUAAGAAGUGACUUGAAUGAGCUCAGACAACCCGAAUCGUCCAAGUUUCAACUGGAGAGCCAUCAGACUUUGCCGCGACCUCUAUUUAAUACCAAUUCUCCAGGUAAUCAGUCAGGUCAGUCUCCAGCGAGCUCAUCAUAUUCGGUGCAGCAGUUGUCUCCUGCUCCAUCGGUGGACUCCCCUCCCAUAGUUGGGACGAUGCGUCACGGCUAUUCGCUCCGCAGCAGCAACAAUAACAACAAUAAUAACAACAACUCCUCAUUCACACCCUUGACGAGCAGUCACUCUCCUGAUAGAUUGAAUGGACAUGAAAGAAACAUGCUAGAAGAUUCGAAUUUUGAUUGUGGUGUGUGUCAAAAAGAAGAGUGCCUUUGCGAAACUGUCGGAUUGAAGAGCUCAAAUCCCAAAGUGAAUGCAAAGAUAACAUUGGAGGAAACGUUACGAACAUUUAGUCCAAAGGAAGCUGUUCCCCUCAGGAAAAAAAGAAAAAUAGAGGAGCAAAACUCUGAAAUAGAUUUUACAAAUCAGUUUGCGAUCAAAAAAACAAUUUCUGAAGUAAGAAUAAAAAGAAGAGAGUCGAAUAGUAAUAAUCAAAUAUUUGCAAGUUUGCUGAAGAGAGACGAUAAUUCAGGAAAAUUUAAUGCGUCUUCACCGGUAGAAAAUUGCGGCUUUUGUAGUGACGAUACCCCAUGUGUUUGCAGAGAAGCAGCGAAGGAAGCUGCUAGAUUAAAUGAUUCUUUGAAUCAAGACUUAACGGAAGACGUGGAAGCAAAGCCUGCAUUACCCCCAAUUCAAUUGAAUACUGAUACAAUACCAAAGGUUCCUUUACCGGUAAUGCACCCUGGUCCCUCUGUCGAAAUUAGAGACAUCACAAAUUUGACACCAGGAGCAGUUCCAACUGUUGUUAAUCCUACUACAAGAAGCAACGGCUCAGUGGUAGCAACUCCUUGCGACACUGGAGAUGCUGAUUCAAUAAAAACUCAAGAGCCUUCCAAGAAGCCGAGUGGAUGCACAGGGAAUCCAGGAACAUGCGAGCAAUGUCAAAUGGAUCCAAUGUCAACCCUUUUUUGUACAACAGUUGCAAGUAAGAUAGGUAAAGAAUCAGCAAGUAGUCCCGUGUCUGCAUCAUCGUCUUCAACUCCGAAUGGAUCUGUUUCUACAAUCGCUUCCGAUCAGCGCCGUGACCUGGCUUCCUCGAAUACAACAACACCGUCAGGUAUAUUCAUUCCGUGUUCUGAUGCUUACAAGACAUUAUCGAGACAUAAGAAAUUUAAUUCGGUUGAUUUUAGCACGUUAGUCGGAAAGUUGACUACUCGAGGCAUGCAGGUUGAGGUACAAUCUGUUGCUAAUGUAUUAAGAGAAUUGGACAGACGAUUAUACAAUUAA